UGACCGCGGUACCCAGUGUACUUGGCGGUGAGGUCAGGGUCUACUUGUGAGUACUUGCCCAGCAAUCAACAACUCACCGAGAGGGGCAUUCUGGCAAGUCUCGUCGAGUAGACAUGCGGUCAACAGGGCGACUCGCAUCCGUUAAGUUCUGCGUAGUCCUUGCUGCGGUGUGUCCAAGCGGUGACGAACGUGCUAGUAAGUUGCAGUCGGCCAAAGACUGUACCAUUCAACACCUGAGGUUGCACAGUUGGCAGACAUGCUAUGCCAGUCAGCGACCACCUGUCGUUGUUGACAUUACGAUAUGGUUCGUACCUGCGUCAGUUUUCUCCGAGCUCAUCUGCGGGCCCGAUCGCAACGUGCUCUUAUCGGCACACAAACCUCCAAAAUCGGGUCGCUUACCGAAAUGACGUCUCACAUCUCACCAGUUUUAGCGGCGGGGUCUCUCGUCUCAAAUUCCUACAAACUUUGUCCAGAACUCGAAAGACCGAGGGAUCAGCGCUUUUGUGCUCGAAGAGCUCCACUUGUUUGGUUUCUGUUGUUCAUCAGCGGUUCCAACACGUUGGCCGUGACGCUCGACGGAGCGUUUGGUGUGCGCGUGCGGCAGAUGGGCCGUUGCCACGGUCGAGGGGUGAUGCCUGAAGGGGAAGUUAAUUUCCCCGGGCGCCAGCGCGGUUUAGGAAAGCAGGUGUUCGUGCGUGUACAACAUGCUUUGUCGCAGAUGAAGUUGUAGCUGCAGUGUUCUGCAUGUUCGGAAGACGCUGGCGCAACUAUUGAUGACUUCGUCACUGCGUGCCUGACAGAUGACCUGAUGUCUUGA